AGUGUAGCCGUAGAAGGUACAGUGGAAAUCAACGCCGAUUUUAUUCGAGCGUGCAGGUCCAUCUAAUGGGGCGCAAAGACACCGAGGGAAGAUCUGAUGUAGAAAAAUUCAGAAAGACAAUUGGUGAGGCUUUUUUCCUCUUUUGCAUGAUUUUUUUCAACGACUGUUUAGUGGUGCGUAAACCCUCUAUAUAUACUUCUUCCUCGUCGAUAGCAAACACGGUGGCGCGGUGGUCACUCCAGAGAAUUUUCAUCUAAUGAGAAUAUUACAUGCUGUAGUCCACUGAACCAUAUUUAUUUCCUCUGAGUUUCUUAGUUCUCGCUCAUUUCAAGGUCAGUUUUUACUAAAUGAAAACUGGACACAAAUGUUGGCCGCAUUUGGCGUUCCUGCAUAAGUUGGGGUUAGGACCAUGUUCUUUGGAAAAUUGAUUCCCAGACAGGACCUUAGCACACAGGACUGAGGACCGUUAGAAGCUCCCAUCCAACAUAUGCAGAUUUAUUAUUUUUUUGGUUGAUUUACGUGUUUAUAUCAUAACACACAUGGAAUAAAAUUUCUUCAUAACUGUGAUUCAUUAUUUAGUAGGCAGUUCAUGGGAAUUGAGAAAUGUUCAGUUAAAAAGAGUAUCGAGGGUAAUAUACCUUGCUAUAACACCAAAUUUACUAAACUUAGUGUCAACGAAAUGCAUGGCACUUAGAAAGGAGGAAUACUAAUAAGAUCUUAGGAGGUAAUGGAUACUGAUAAUUCUUUGUUUAAGGAUUCAUAUUCUGUUUACCCAGUUGUUUAAAGAGCAGAUAUUACUAUCAAACUGAUAAAUGGCUAUCCAGUGGAUAAGUAUUAACAAAAUGUACUGCUCUAUUCAUCUGAUAGGAAGUUAUUGAAUGGAUAGUGUUCACUGGUCCAACCUUUGAAUUUCUAGGAAUUUUUGAUUAGUGUUGUACUUCCAAGUAUUUAUUUGUCAAUAUUCCUUUGUCACAUCCCUUUGAUAUGAAAAAUUAAAGGAUAAUUCCAAUUCAAUAUUUAUGGCAAGUUUAAGAAUGCCUAUGGGCCAUAAAGUUUUAGAGCAAAAGAACUCAAAAUAAAUGUAUUCUGAGUGAAGCUUCCUUGUACUCUUAGUGGGCUCAAAUGAGUCCUUUCCUCCCUGAAAAACUAUUAUAGAGCUACUAACAUGUUGGUAUAUCGUCUGUUCCUCAACAGAAAAUAUUAUCCUGUGAUGUGAUAGCUAUUUGCAUUUUCUACCUUAUAGUACAGGUUUUCUCAUGCCCGCUACUUUGCUUUUAGAAUAAUUUAAAUCCCCUAGUUAUAUUUAUUUAGUCUUUGAAUUUAAAGGCCUCCAAGUUUGGAUCAUACAAUGCCUCUUGGUGUAGACAUUUAGCUUAUGAACUUGAUUAUGGUAGAACUGACAAACCUGAUUAGGAAAUUCAUCAAGUUGUAAAGACAGUGUUUAAAGUCUCAAUUAGCUUUGUAGGUGCACUGUUUGUAAAUGCUCAAAUUGGCUUCUUUGCAAAUGUGUUUGUUUGCUUGUUUUCUUUUCCUAAAAGUGAAUGAGAGAAUGGUCUUGUUGACAAUAAUUUGUGGUUUAUUUUAGUAAUGAGUAUAAUUUCAAAGAAACUGUUUUAGUUGGUAUUUUUAAUAUGGUCAUUUGUCUCAAUUUUUUGUAAAUUUUUAACUUUUUUGUUAUUUUAAACCAGGAAAACAAGAGUUUAAAGGCCGGAGUAAGAAGAAGACACUAUCUAUUCGUGACAAAGCUCAGACUAGGAAUCACAGGGGAACAAUACAGGUGAAUAUAUUCUUUCCCUUGGAUUUUGUAUAUGAAUUGAAAAGGCUUCAAAAUAUUUAAAAAUUUUAUAUACAGCGUGCUGAAGUUGGUUGUCAGGAAGCUGCUUACCUUGGCAUGAAGAAGCAGUUUGUCAAUAACACUUUUUUGGAAAACCUAUUAUAAUUAAUUCAGUGGUUGAGAUUAUUGAAAGAUUCAAUCCAAUUAAUUAGCCUGAAAAUUAGGCCCAUCAACAUUUUCUUGUAGCUUAAACUCUUGAAAAUUAUGAUAUUUUUCAUUUAACCUAUUGCUAGCACCAUCAAUGGAAUGGCACAAUGAAUGUCAUGGUGAAGAUGUUAUUGUUAUUAUUAUCAUUGCUAUCAAUAUUGUUUUUAUUAAUUUUACACUUUUGAUGUUUUUAUUGUUCCUUUUUUGGUAACAAUCCAAAUGUUAGACAUGAUUUGAUGGUACUCUGGUUUACAGAUCUAAUGAAUGUAACCAAAGAUGUUACAAUUCACAGACUCAACAUUUCAACACUCCUGUCUAGUGCCUUCAUCAGGGAUGAACUUUACUAUAUAAUACAAAUGUUGUUGACAAUUAACCAUAGACACAAUUCUUUGACAUACAAGGUUCCCUCUUAUCCUCAUGUCGUGGGUUCCAUGGGAUGUGUCCCAUGAUUAGCUACUGAGUUUGGGUCAAAAGGUCAGAGUUCACUCUACAUGAACAGUAUUCCAAUAAAAGACCCUCUGCUAUUACAGAUCCUCUCCCCACUGACAUGUGCCCAAAUAUAUACAAGCCAACCUUGCAUUUUUCUUUAGCUUGCACAGGAAUCUUGUAGCUUCAGUUUAUUUCAUUGUCUCCCCUUUAAUAGAUUGUUGUGUUAUAUCUACUUGUCAUCCUUGCUGUCCUUGUGUUGCUGUACUUUGUAUUUUACACUGUAUAUGCUGGCAACAAAGUCAAAAGCCACCACAGCUGACAAAAGCAGGACAGAAAAGUGUUGUAGCUGGCAGUGGUUGGACUUCAAGAGAGAG